AUGUGGUUAUGCUUCCCACAAUCUACAUUGCUAGUUUUAAUAAUUUCAUUUUUCAGUUUCUAUCUAGCUAUUUCCCCUGGAAAUGCGCAAUCUUCCUGCAAUGGCCCAUGCAAAACCCUUGACGACUGCGCCGGCCAAUUAAUCUGCAUCAACGGGAAGUGCAGCGACGACCCAGACGUCGGAAGUCAUACCUGUGGCGGAGGAGGGAGUGGAGGAGGAGGAGGGGGAGGGCAAUGCAGUCCUUCCGGCACGCUUCACUGCGGUGGAAAAUCGUACCCUCAGUACACAUGCUCUCCGCCCAUCUCCUCCUCCACAGCGGCGAAACUCACCUGGAACGACUUCAGCGAGGGCGGCGAUGGCGGAGGUCCGGCGGAGUGCGACGAUCGGUACCACGACAACAGCGAGAGCGUAGUAGCGUUGUCGACAGGGUGGUACGCCGGCAGGUCGAGGUGCGGGAGGCAGAUACGCAUCGUGGCGCAAAACGGACGGAGCACGACGGCGAAGGUGGUGGACGAGAGCGACUCGAUGUACGGCUGCGAUAAGGAGCACGAGGGGCAGCCGCCCUGCGACAACAACAUCGUUGACGGCUCCGAUGCCGUUUGGAAGGCUCUGGGUCUCGAUGUUGACGUUGGCGUCGUACCCGUCACCUGGUCCAUGACAUGA